UGUAUAAAGUAACCACAAGAAUGCAGCGUGUCAGGCAAGGGAAUGCGAGUACAGACAGAGGGCCCUUUCUUUCACAGGGUAUGCGGGGCAGGGAGAAGGGACGCUGCACUGAGAGAGUGACACACACGGGCAGAGAGAGGUAAAGAGAUACAGGCACAAAGAGCACAGUUCAAUACAGACAAAAUAUGGGGCAACAUUGAGAGCUUAGAGAAUAUCAACAAAAAGCAGGAUUUACAAGGAAGAGGAGAGGGAAAAAGCAGCUUUACUGGCCCGGACUUCUAAAACCUUUUGCCGAAAAUGUCCUCAUUCCAUCACUUCUCCCAGAGGAGAAUGGAUUAAAAUAGAGAGGAGACUCCAGAGGACGUGAGGUGGGAUCCCAUAUCCCAAAAGAGGAAACAAACAAACAACACAAACAGGCAGACUUCAUAGACCUUCCCAUCAAGGCAAGGAGAGAUCGGAAUCAUUACAGCAACUGAAGGAUUACAAAGGAAAAACCCCCCUCUCUCAUAAACUAUUGAUCUUUGGACUUCAAACUUUCAUAAAAAAUGCGUUGGUCUUCAAACCCCCAGAUAAGGCGGUUAAGGAAGGAGGGGAGGAUAAAGAGAUUCUCCCUGCAUCAAGAAUUUUUCUAGUCUGUCCCAUCCUCCCUUUCCUUCAUCAGAUAUUCAUUGUGACUGGGAUGUCCUACUAUAUCAGCGAAAUCUUCAAUGUCAUGAGUUCACCAGGAAACUGAAACCAGCACUAAAUCAGGGUCAAAUCACCACAAGAACAAUCCCCUGAUAACAGCAACACCCUUGCUGACUACUUCAUUCAGAACGUGUUCACUAUUGUAAUUGGUUUCUUCUUCAAAGAUUACCCUCAAGAGGAAUUGUUAAGGCACUGUCAGUGAACAAUGAAGGAAGACAUCUUGGAUUUUUUCAGUGACUUGUGGAAGGUGGCCACCACUAAGCAUGACCAGGGAAUCUAUAACACAGUCUGCCUGGUGGUGCUGCUAGCCCUGCCUAUGCUGGUGCUCUUCACUUCUCUGGUGGUGUGCUGCCACUGCUGCUGCUGUCGCCACGCCAACUGCGCUGGUUGCUGUGCAGACAGCCCCAGCUCAGCCACAGCAAAAUCAGACAAAAAUAAGAAGAGUCCGAAAGAUGAGGACUUGUGGAUCUCGGUCAAAACAGGACCUAUGACACCAGACAGGGUUGCCCUGACGAUGGUGUAAGGUUCAGAUAAGGUUUAAUUUGUAUUCAUAAGAAGCUCUUCUUUUACUGCAAGGUACAGGUACAUGAUGCCGAGCACUGGUGUUCAAUAUGCUCGACAGAAACGGUUGAAACACAGUAAAAGAGCCAACGAUGUGUGUGUGUGUGUGUGUGUGUGUGUGUGUGUGUGUGUGUGUGUGUGUGUGUGUGUGUGUGUGUGUGUGUGUGUUCUUCUAUCCAUGUUGCGACCUAAAGUCCCCACAACGAUAGUAAAACAAGUCAAAUUCCCAUGUCCUCAUGAGGACAAAGACUAUUGGGUUAGGUUUAGGAUUAGGGUAAGGGAUUAGGUUUAGGGGUAAGGUUUAGGGUUUGGGUCAGGGUUACAGGUUAAGGAAAAUAGGGAAAAUAGGAUUUUGAAUGGAAAUCUAAUUUUAGGUCCCCACAAGGAUCGAAGAACAAAACGUGUGUGUGUGUGCGUGUGUGCGUGUGUGCGUGUGUGUGUGUGUGUGUGUGUGUGUGUGUGUGUGUGUGUGUGUGUGUGUGUGUGUGUGUGUGUGUGUGUGUGUGUGUGUGUGUGUGUGUGUGUGCAUGUGUGCGCGUGUGCUUGCAUACGUGGGUGUGUGCUUGUGCAUGAGCAAAUGUGUGUAUGUGCAAGGAAGAGUGAUAGAUGACACAUGGUGUAUGUGUUAGUGUGCACUUCUUCUGUGUGAAAUUCACUGUCUUCACAUUUGGGGACUAUUUAUAUUUGCAAUGCUGGAGGCCAGCAAUCUAGUAUUGGGAUUCAGUUAGAAUACUAUUUUGAAUAGGUUAAACCAUUUUAAGUUCAAAGCACUUGCAGUUAUUGCACUUACAACAGAAAUGUGUGUAACUACAUUGAAAUAUUUUGCUGUACUUGCUAUGCCCACUGAAUGGAGAUCUUAAUUCCAUUUAUGAGUUAAUUAUCAAACGCAGAAUUUAAUAGAACCAAGUGAAGCACUCAGAUCUUUCAAUUGCAUUGCUCAAUGUAUACAUUUCUUUCCCCGUAGAGUAUCCUACAUACAGCAGCUAGUAUUGUGGAUAAAAAAAUGUGUCUAACAGUUCCGUGUUUUACGCUGCCUUAUGCUCAGAUUGAUGACACAGAUUCAUGUUUACUGUCUUGCACUCUCCCUAUUGGUUCAUAAUAUCAUUAUGCAUGGACACCAGGCUCUCAGAUGUGUGGGGCGCUGAGUGGAUCCUUCUUAUAUCCUCCAUCCCUCAGUGCCAAUGUAGCCCUCGGACUUAAAAUAAUAGUUAUUCUAUCUCAAAACUGGGAUUCCUAAAAAGUGUGUCCGAGGAUUUGGUCAACUUCCGUCAGAUGUUUAAAAUCCUAAAUGAAUCAGAAGUGGGCAGGGUCAGCUAUACCAUAGCUAUACCAAGGACCCCUUAUUCAUGUCCUCAUUACAUGUAGCGUAGCAAGACCACUCAUGGUCUGUAAAGUUCUCUACUUUUGAUAGAUUUAAACACACAAUUUUGAAAUCAUAAUGGUCACAACCAUAAACUGUCAAGAAAAGGGCAAUUAAACUCUGCCAGAUUUUUGUCUGACGUCAAGUCCAUCAGAGUGCUGUAAGAUCUGAGAAUUGUUGUGUUUUUAUUGGGGAUUUUCAAAUGAAUCAUUUUCUAUAUUUUACAAAUGUUUGUAUUUUUGAAACAAAAGUAGAGAUUGUUCCGUCUUUCAAGAAUCUCUGAAUUGAUUUGCAAUUUACAAAUCCGGUGACAAAUCAUUUUUAUUUGUUAUGUAUUUGUGAUCCUUAUUUUGAGCUUAAAGACUUCUGCGUUAGUUAUUCAUAUGUAAAAAGUCUGAGGGUGGAAAAAUUAUUUUCCUUUGCAAAGGGGGGGGGGGGGGGAUUUGCCGUUUGUUUGAACAGGAAGUCUGCCAUAGACGAUAGUUUCACAUUCUAUCACAGAAGCUGUGAUCCGUCCCAAUUAUGCAUGAGAACAUACUGUAUAUUCUGGCUGUUUUGUUAUUACACAAGAAAAAGCUUGUGGUAAUCAUUCAAGUUAUGAGCUCAGGCCACAGUGGAUACCGCAGGCAUCAUUUAUCCUGUCAUUUGAUUUUACAUAACAGCUAUAUGGAGAAAAGGGGGACAAAAAAUAAAGUACUUUUUAUGCUUUGUUAA